UCGAUUUGACAUUUAUGUCAUUAUUUACAUUUUAGAAAUAUAUUUUAAGUUUUUAAUUAUGGCCGAAAGAGUUAUACCAUCUCCGAACACCCUAGUGAAGUACGAGAAUCCUGUACUAGUGACGAAAUAUGAAAUUAGAUCGGGAGAUGAAUCGAGGAAACCUACCAUGACCGCCGAUGCUAGGCGGGAAACCGAAGAGAUUUUAAAUACGAUUUUACCACCCAGAGAAUGGGAGGAGGAAGGCCAGAUAUGGAGGCAACAAGUGUCCACCACGCCAGCCACAAGGGUGGACGUGGUGAACCUCCAGGAGCAGUUGGACAUGAGACUCCAACAAAGACAGGCAAGGGAAACCGGUAUCUGUCCCGUGAGGCGCGAGUUAUACACGCAAUGCUUCGAUGAAAUUAUCCGACAGGUUACCAUUAACUGUGCGGAGAGGGGACUUUUGCUUUUGAGGGUGAGAGAUGAAAUGAAAAUGACCAUCGAGGCGUUCCAGGCGUUAUACUGCAGCAGUGUUGCUUUUGGAAUGAGGAAAGCCUUACAGGCCGAGCAAGGCAGGUCGGACCUGUACCAGGAAGUUGAGAUUUUGAAAAAUCAGAAGUUGGAAUUGGAACAACAGAUCACCGACCUCAAGCAGAGGGCAGAACAGGCCGACAGAAGGGCGGCCGAGACUCGACUGGCCGAGGAAAGAAAGCACACGGAAGAAAUAACGUUUUUGAAGAAGACGAACCAACAGCUUAAGACCCAAUUGGAAGGAAUCAUAGCGCCGAAGAAGUGACGAGGGUUUAGAAGGAAAAGGUGGCAGGAAACU